AUGGCUGAACCAAUCCCUGCUGAGGAGCAAUUCAACUAUGAGACCUUCCGCGACUGCUUGAGCGAGCCUGUCCUCAAAGCUCUCGCUGCACCGGUCGAGAAACCGAAACCGAAGAAGAAGAGACAUGCAAAAAAAGGGUCAAGGAGCGGGAGAAGUGAAGUUGUGAAGCAGGAAUCUACACAGACAGAUGUCAAUAAGAGCGAGGAAGCUGGAGGAACAGACGCGGAAGACUUGGGCGAAUUCAUCGAAUACCUAAGCACUUUGAUCUUCCCAUACCUACCCCCCGAACUGCGCACGCUCACGCACUCCAUUUUCAAAGACUCGCCCACCCUCCAAGACGUCUACACAACCCCCCUCUCGGCCUCAACGUACACCAACCUCCUCCAAUGCAUCCCGCCCACCGCAAUCGACAGUCUAGAAAGCUACGGUCUCCUUCCACCCACCUCCGACACAAUCGACCAACACAACCUACUCACUCCACUCUUCACCACGUACAUUUCUGCUGUCACCGCACCACCGCCUAUAUGGAGCAGCACGCGCACCACGGCGUGUGAACUCUGCGGCAGAGACUGGGUACCGUUGACAUACCACCAUCUUAUCCCUAAAGCGGCGCAUGCGCGCGUGAGGAAGAGGGGGUGGCAUACAGAGGAUAAGCUGAAUAGUGUGGCAUGGUUGUGCAGGGCUUGUCAUAGUUUUGUGCAUAGGUUGGCUGGGAAUGAGGAGCUGGCUAAGAGUUUUUAUACGGUUGAGUUGAUACAGAUGGGAGGCGUUGAGGAGGAUGUCGAGAAGAGGGAAAGUGUUGAGGGGUGGGUUAAAUGGGUUGGAGGGGUGCGAUGGAGGAGUCGGUAA